AUGUCGAGGCAAAACUACAUCAUAUUUGUUGUCAUCCUAUUGUUAACACAAACAACUUCUUUCAUCGAGGCGAGGAACUCAUGGGUUCCAUGGUAUCCUAAAACGUCUGUGGUGGUGAGGAAUGAGGUGGAGGGAGGGCGGAAACUGACACUUCAUUGCAAAUCCAGAGACGACGAUAUUGGGGUCUUUGUGCUACUAACACAUGAAGGCAUCAAAUGGAACUUUCGACCGAACAUCUUUGGAACCACUCUGUUUUACUGCAGCGCUGAUUGGGGGGAGGGGGUUCAUUGGUUUGACAUCUACGUUUUUAAAAGGGACAUCUUGCGCUGCACUUAUUGUCAAUGGGCCAUAAGGAAGAGUGGUCCUUGCUUUUUCGACUCUGGCACACGUGCUUUUGAUUUUUGUCUUCCGUGGCAUUAG